AUUCGCUUCCUGGUGUAGUGCUGCCACUGGAGUAUGGCCUGAUCAUCGAUCGCUGCCGAUGGCAGCAGACGUACGACGCGCUACGAUAUCGACAUGACCAAGUGCAUCUACUGUGGCUUUUGUCAGGAGGCCUGCCCUGUGGAUGCCAUUGUCGAGGGACCCAAUUUCGAAUUCUCCACAGAGACGCACGAGGAGUUGCUGUACAACAAGGAAAAGCUGCUCUGCAACGGCGACAAAUGGGAGUCUGAGAUUGCGUCCAAUCUGCAAGCGGAUCAUCUCUAUCGUUAAUGUCGGUUGUACAUAUACUAGAAUCCUUUGUUUAGAACGAUUUUCCAAUUAAACAUCGUUGCCGUGGCUGCGUCUCAAUAGACGCAGACGCAGUUAAUACUGCAUAAAGAAGCGGGCGGAACGAUAUUAAAUAAUUUAUGUAUUAAAUUUCUUUAUAGAACGAAA